AUGCAUCAAUCAUUUAGCGCACAUAGUGAAAAAGUGUUUGAUCAUCCUAUGUCUAGUAAUGUCAAUGAAGAGCCAAAUAAGGAAGCUAAAAGAUUUUAUGGAUUAGUGAAAGAUGCUGAACAAAAAUUAUAUCCAGGUUGUAAAAAAUUCUCCAAGUUAUCUUUUAUUAUGCGACUUUUCCAAAUGAAAUGUCUCUAUGGAUGGAGCAAUACCUCACUUGACUCACUGUUAAAGCUAUUAGCUGAAGCUUUUCCUGAAGGUAAUGUGCUUCCUAGCUCAAUAUAUGAAGUUAAAAAGAUUAUAAAGGAUCUUGGACUUGAUUAUGUCAAGAUAGAUGCUUGUGCUAAUGAUUGUAUUUUGUAUAGAGGAAAAGACUACGAAAAUCUUGACGAAUGUCCUAUUUGUGUGAAAAGUAGGUGGAAAGAAAAUACGAAGAAGAAUAAUGUCCCUAAUAAGAUAGUUCGUUACUUUCCCAUAAAACCAAGACUACAAAGAUUGUUUAUGUCAAAACAAAUUGCACAAGACAUGAAAUGGCAUAAAAAUAAAAGAAUUGAUGACGGAAUUUUGAGGCACCCAGCUGACUCUUUGACAUGGAAAAGAUUUGAUGAUCAACACAAGUUUUUCUCUACAGAUGCACAUAAUAUAAGACUUGGUCUAGCAUCAGAUGGUUUUAAUCCCUUCGGACCAACUAGUCCUGGAAAUGAUAUUGAUGUUUACCUUCAACCACUAAUUGAUGACUUAAAGGAAUUAUGGGAUGUGGGUAUUGAAACCUAUGAUGCUUCUUCAAGUAGUAAUUUUCAAUUACAUGCAGCCUUGUUAUGGACUAUAAAUGAUUUUCCAGCUUACGGGAUGCUAUCUGGAUGGAGUACUAAAGGAUCAUUAGCUUGUCCUUGUUGCAACAAAGAAACCAUCUCAUGUCAUUUAAAAUAUAGUUUCAAGCAAUGCUACAUGGGUCACCGUAGAUUUUUACCUACUAACCACCCUUGGCGUAAUAAUAAGAGCUCAUUUGACAAUACAAGAGAGGUUAGACAUGCACCACAACCAUUGACAGGAGAUGACGUCAUAGCGCAACAUGAAAAUAUACAACCAGUGAUCUUUGAUGUGAUGCAUAUAGAAAAAAAUAUUUGUGAAAGUGUUAUUGGGACAUUGUUGAAUAUUGAUGGAAAAACAAAAGAUACUUUAAAGUCUCGGCUAGAUUUGAAACACAUGGGAUUCAAAAAGUCACUCUGUCCUAUUAGAAAUGGAGACAAGUAUAUUAUUCCUCCAGCUCGUUACACGAUGUCAUUGAUAGAAAAGGCUAAAUUUUGUCAAAUAUUGAAAGAUGUUAGGUUUCCCGACUCUUAUGCCUCAAAUAUAGGUCGAUGUAUAAAGGCAAAGGAAUGCAAGAUUUCAGGACUUAAAAGUCAUGAUUAUCAUGUUCUUUUUGAGAGAAUUGUUCCACUUGCCAUAAGGGGGUUACUUCCUAAAGAUGCAUGUGAUCCAUUAAUUGAACUAUCACUAUUCUUUGGUGACUUGUGCUCUAAAGAGUUAAAAGUGGAUGAAUUAGACCGCUUAGAGAAGCAGAUGGCAAUAACCCUUUGUAAAUUAGAGCGCAUUUUUCCACCAUCUUUUUUUGAUGUUAUGGUUCAUCUACCGAUUCAUUUGGCAAAUGAAGCAAAACUCGGAGGUCCAGUUCAAUAUAGAUGGAUGUAUCCUAUUGAAAGAUUUUUACGAGUACUAAAAAAUUAUGUGCGUAACAAAGCACGUCCUGAAGGUUCCAUAGCAGAAGGGUAUCUAGCUGAAGAGUGUAUGAUAUUUUGUGCCAGAUAUUUGGUUGAUAUGGACUCUAGACUAAAUCAACCUGAUAGAUAUAUGGAUUGUGUAAGUGAAAAUUGCACAAGUUUAUCAGUGUUUAAAAAAAAUGGUCGACCUAUAGGCGGUGAUUCAUGGGAAAAUAUGAGUCUUUCUGAAAUUCUCCAGGCUCAUUUUUACAUAUUACAAAAUUGUGAAGAAGUCAGACCUUGGAUUGAGGAGCAUAUGACAAAGAUAAGAAAUGAAAGUAAUAUAAAUGUUGAAAAGAGGCAUAUGAAUCAAUUUCACAAGUGGUUUGAAAAUGAAGUUAUCAGAUUAAAACAGUUACAAGAUGGAAGGAUCAAUGACCAACUUAUUGCGUUAUCAAGAGGGCCAGAUUCUCGGGUACUCAUCCACAAUGGAUACAUCCUUAAUAAUUUCAAAUUUCGUGCAAAAAGUGUUGAGCAACACUUAAAAACUCAAAAUAGUGGUGUAGUUGUUGCAGGAGACGAGUUAUCCGGACAUGUUGAAUAUUAUGGAAUGAUUAAAAAAAUCGUUGAAGUAAGGUAUUUGGAUAAUAACUCUGUGAUAUUGUUAAAAUGUGAUUGGUUUGAGGCUCCUUCUCAAGUUCGAAAUCAAGGAAGAGGAUAUAAAAAAGAUGAGUAUGGGUUUAUUAGUCUCGAUAUCACAAAGAUGUUUUACAGAAACGAUCCAUUUGUUUUAGGUUCACAAGCUGGGUCAGUUUAUUUUGUCAAGCAGAAUAACAAUCAAAAUUGGUAUACUUUGGUAAAAGUAAAACCAAGGAAUGUUUAUGAUUUUCCCCAAGAUGAAGAUGACUCAGAGCCAUAUCAACUAAAUGAGUUCAACAAUAACAAUACAUAUAAGGCAUUAGAAACAUCGUCAUUGGACCAAAGAGAGAUUUUAAACCGAAAUGAUAUUGGUGGAACAAGCUAUGAACAUACUAUUAUCGAAGAAGAUCAAGAGCUCAAAGCAGCAAAUGAUGCAAGUGACUAUGAUACUGAUGAUUAUGAAUACAAAUCUUCAACAGAUAAGGACGACUAUUCAGAUACGGAAGAUUCUGACUCUGAAUAA